UACCGAGCGACCACGUCUACACCCCGGAGAAAGGGACUGCUGUGCACAUGAGACUGAAAUCUGAACCAGCUAACGCAACGAAAGAGCAACCGGUCAAAGAUCAACACUUACGUUUUCACGGAUCUUUGGACACGGUUCACUCGAUGCGACAUUCUUGAUCUUGGUGCAUAAAAUAACCGGAUUGUGGGCAUGUAGGGUGAAUGCGAUGCACCAAUAAUCGAUAACUGUUAUUGUUUACAAUUUGAUAACCUUGCGCAAUCUCUCUUUCUCUUUGAGAAGUUUACAGUUGCCGCCGCUUUCAAUCACCAAGUUUUACUUCCCAACGCGUUAUGUUUUGACAGUUACGAAGAGCCGCCAAACUUUAUUAAGAGUUAUAAAGGUGUUUUUAAGAAAAGGACUGAUCGGCUGAAGAAUGACGUGGAGAGGUUUCACAGAGCUGCUGCUCAUCUGUCUGUGCGCGCGCGCGGCGUCGUCAAACGUCAAACCUGAGGCAUGGCUACAGCAGUACGGUUACCUGCCACCUGGUGACCUGCGCACACACACCGCCCGCUCCCCUCACUCCGUCUCAUCUGCCAUUGCUGCCAUGCAGAGAUUUUAUGGCCUGGAAAUCACUGGCAGUCUGGAUCUUAACACUCUAGAGGCGAUGAAGAGGCCCCGCUGUGGCGUUCCAGACAAGUUCGGAGCAGAACUAAAGAGCAACCUGAGAAAGAAGCGCUACGCCAUCCAAGGACUGAAGUGGGAUAAGAAUGAGAUCACAUUCUGCAUACAGAAUUACACGCCGAAGGUUGGGGAAUAUGAGACGUUUGAGGCCAUCAGAAAAGCCUUUAAAGUGUGGGAGAGGGUUACGCCUCUACGAUUCCGAGAGAUCCCGUACAGCGACAUCAGAGACAAAGUCGAAAACUUUGCCGAUAUCAUGCUCUUCUUUGCUGAUGGUUUUCAUGGUGAUGCUAGCCCGUUCGACGGCGAAGGAGGAUUCUUGGCUCACGCCUACUUUCCAGGCAAUGGAAUUGGAGGGGACACGCACUUCGAUGCAGCGGAGCCAUGGACCAUUGGAAACAGUGAUUUGAUGGGUAAUGACGUGUUCCUGGUGUCUGUCCAUGAACUGGGUCACGCUCUGGGCUUGGAGCAUUCCAAUGACCCCUCCGCCAUCAUGGCUCCCUUUUACCAGUGGAUGGACACCGAGAACUUUGAACUUCCUGAAGAUGACCGCAAAGGCAUCCAACAGCUUUAUGGACCAAACACUGGAGGCCGUCCACGACCACCCGUGACCCCUCGCAUGCCCCACGACGAUCCAUACCCUACACCAGAUAGACCAGAAAAACCUACCUUUGGUCCGGAUAUCUGUGAGGGCAAUUUUGACUCCAUUGCCAUCUUCAGAGGAGAAAUGUUUGUGUUUAAGGAUAAGUGGUUCUGGCGUGUCCGACAUCAGCGGGUGUUGGAAAAUUACCCCAUGCCAAUUGGACAUUUCUUUAGAGGUCUGCCUACAACUAUCAAUACUGCUUAUGAAAGAGAAGAUGGGAAAUUUGUCUUCUUUAAAGCGGACAGGCAUUGGGUGUUUACCGAGUCAAACUUGGAGUCAGGUUACCCGAAGACCCUGACGGAGAUGGGCAAUGGUCUUCCAAGUGACAGACUUGAUGCAGCUCUCCUGUAUACCCCUACUGGCAACACCUACUUCUUCAGAGGAAACAAAUAUUAUCGUUACAAUGAAGACACACGGUCGGUGGAUCCAGACUACCCCAAACCUGUCAGUACAUGGCAAGGAGUUCCUGACAACAUAAAGGCUGCCUUCAUGAGUUCAGAUCAAAGUUAUACCUACUUCUACAAGGCCAACAAGUACUGGAAGUUCAAUAAUCAGUUAUUAAGAGUCGAGCCUGGAUAUCCCAAGUCUGCCCUUAAGGAUUGGAUGGGCUGCCCUAAUGAGGAGCCUAGAACAGGUGGAGGAGGAGGAAGUGACCGCGACCGUGAGCGUGAACGCGAGCGAGAACGCGAGCGAGAACGUGAGCGUGGACGCGAGGAGGACAGAACUGAUGAAGAGGGAAAAAAAGAAGAGACAGAAGUGAUCAUAAUUGAGGUGGAAGAUGCACCCAGCAGCGGUGCAGGCGCGGCGGCCGUGGUGAUACCACUCAUGUUGUUGGUGUGUGUGAUCUUUACGCUUGGAGCGCUUCUGUUCUUCCGCAGAUACGGCACGCCCAGGCGCUUGCUAUACUGCCAACGCUCCCUACUGGACAAGGUUUGAGGAGAAGACGGAAUCAGAGAGGAGAGGAAAAGAUCGAGAAUGUAGAAAAGGGGACAUGUUGGCAAAGUCUUAAAGGGAGCCUUUUUGUUUACUUUAGAAAUGAUGCCACUCAGACGAAUCUCUGCGAUUUUUUAAUCUUGUAAUUAAGUGGUCUUAAAGUUUUCCUUUCACACCUGUGCCGAACUCUUCCCGCACGCUGUAGAAAGACACAGGGUAUGUCACGUUCAUCUGCCCCCUCUUCUCUAAUCUUCUUUCUCUUCCGGUGUAGCCAGUGACGCCAGCUCAUCGCUGUUUGUUUAGCCAUUUGUAAAUGUCAAUUUUUAAAGUUGUGAUCGUUGGUCAUGUAUGUCUGACUCAUUGUGAAUUUUCUUACCAGUUCUCUUGAAAGCAGUGUUUGUGCGGAUGCUCAGUUUUCAUCGAGAUUCAUUCUACGUGUUUGUCACAAAUCGCAGCAGUCUCAAUGACACAAUAAGUACCAAAUGAAUCAUGGUGCAGUGCUGCCAUGCUGUUUUGAAAUGUGGUUCCAGGGUACAGGGUUUCCACAGGCAUGGAAAACCUGGAAAUAUCAGGGAAUUUUACAGUUGCUAUUUCCAGGAUUGCAAUGAAUCAUAUAAUGAGUACUACUUUCGAAAAAGCCCGUAGGGUUUUUUUUUUACGUAAGUAUUUUAUCAGCCAGAGGUUUAUAAAUAUACAUACAAAUACAUGAAUAUGGUAAUCAUUUAGUAACAUGCACUGUAUAUCAAAAUACCCUGAUGUACCAUCCGAGACCACGUUAUUCACUGUACCAUGAUACUGCCAUUGUACUUUUUUGUGAUGACCUCCAUAUCCACAAACGUUCAAAUUUUGGCUUCUAAAAGGUUAUUCUGCACACUAAAAUCACACAGGGCUGCAGUCCCUGCGCCACUUCCAAUGCAACCCUGCAACUCAGGUUUAGGAACCAAAGUCCAUUCCAAAGAUAACUGAUCCCACUAACAGCCUUUAGAAGCCUGCAAACGCUGAGCUGUCUGUCUGUGUCCUCGAGUAUGGCUUUAUAUUGUACUGUAUUUGAAAUAAUUUCUAUUAUUGAUAGUGAUGAUGUCAUUGUCAUUAUGACUAUUACUAUUGUUAUUGUUCUCCAUGUCAACUCAAGAAUGUGUUUUUUUUUAUCGAUCAAUUCUCAUUAAAAACGUCCUGCUGGACAGGCAAUAAUGUAUGUCUUAUGAAGUGGCCUUAAUCUGGGGGAAGUGAAUGGGUGGGUUUGUAUUUUUUAAGUGAAAUAAAUUUUAAGUAUGACAUGUUCA